AUCAGUCGUUUUACUUUUCUUCAUCGGUUCACACUUUACGGUUGAAAGGAUAAAGAUAUAGAGAUGAGGGUUUUUGUUUUAUUAGCUGUUAUCGCUGUUGCCACUGCACGUCCAGAAGCACCUGGAGGUUAUAACUACAACCGCCCAUCCGGAGGACACUCUGGUGGACACUCAUCUGGUGGAUUCUCAUCAGGUGGAUCAAGCUUCGGAGGUGGACAUGGCGGUGGUGGACACGGCGGUGGAUUCUCAUCAGGCGGUGGAUUCUCAUCAGGUGGAUCUAGCUUCGGAGGUGGAAGCAGUGGUGGAUUUGGAGGUGGUGGCUUCGGAGGUGGAAGCGGCGGUGGCUUCGGAGGUGGAAGCGGUGGUGGCUUCGGAGGUGGAAGCGGUGUUGGCUUCGGAGGUGGAAGCGGCGGUGGAUUCGGAGGUGGAAGCGGCGGCGGAUUCGGUGGCGGAUUCGGAGGUGGCCAACAAACCAUCGUUCAAAAACACAUUUAUGUUCAUGUACCACCACCAGAGGAUGAAGCUCAACAAUUCCAACAAGCACAACAAGCCGUUCAGGCACGUAAACACUACAAAAUUAUCUUCAUUAAGGCCCCAUCAGCUCCAUCAGUUCAACAACAACUCCAAGCCGCUCAAGCUCUCAACGAAGAGAAGACUCUUAUCUACGUUUUGGUCAAGAAACCAGAAGAAGCAGUUUUCAACCAACCAGAAGCAGCACAAGCAGCUCCAGUCAACAAACCAGAAGUUUACUUCAUCAAAUACAAGACACAAAAGGAAGGUGGCGGUGCUGGAUUCUCAGGCGCAUCAAGUGGUGGUUUCUCAUCAGGCGGCGGCGGAGGCGGCGGCGGUGGCUUCGGAGGUGGAAGCAGUGGUGGAUUCUCUUCAGGCAGCGGCGGUGGAUUCUCUUCAGGCAGUGGCGGUGGAUUCUCAUCAGGAUCAGGCGGUGCUGGGCUUUCUUCAGGUGGUGGUUUCUCUGCUGGCGGUGCUAGUUUCGGUGCUGCACCAGCAAACCCACAAGCAAGCUACGGACCUCCCCACAAGAAAUAAGCAGUCGAAAUGUGAUAAUUCUCCUUCAUCCCAUCCCACGUUCCAGCAAAUUCUUAAAUUAUUGUGCAUAAAUUGACCCCAAAAACAAAACAAAUCGUGGACUGAACAUUAAAAACGAACCAUAACUAAAGGAGAUGACUCGCCUGUCGUUUCGCAUCGAAGGAAAUUUCUACUAAGGCCAUAACAAUGCUGUUGUUAUUGUUGUUUGUAAAUAUUGUUAAAGAUUUUUAAUACUUUUACAUAAGACGAUUUUUUAAAAAACGAAGAAAUAAAAAAUCAACUGUGACAAAUGAAAAUAAAA